CUUUAAAAACCACCAAUCUCGACCAAUUAAUAAAGCAAAUAAUUGCUCUACUUCCGGCACCGGGAGUUGACACUGGCCCAAAAAAGGAAAAGUUAAAUUUACUUAUUUUUGGUCCCCCUAAUUCGGGUAAAUCAACCCUCAUGAAUUAUUUGCUCCAAGAAAACCGCUCCUUGACUACUUCGCUGGCUGGAACCACACAGGAACCAGUGAUUAGUCCUUGGAACUGA